AUCUCUACAAUCAACCCAUCAAUGGCUGUCAAUCUUCCUCUCGAGCUCAUCCACGGUAUCCUCGACAAUGUCGACGUCGAGACCUACGUCGCUGCACGGUCGGCAUGUCGUUUAUGGUGGAAUGCAGCGUCGAUGUCUUCUGUCCUUCGAAGCGCUCUGAAGGAAACCCCCGUGUCGAUACCUCCACGAACAGAUCUCCUAACAAAUGAAGAGUGGAAUGUUUACUUUGACCGAAUUGCAUGUUUGAACCUGCUGGGCCACCGGACGCACAUCGACAAAACAGAGUCUAGGCGUGACCUUCCUGAGAAUUGCACCCCUACUACUGUGCUAGCGGCAUCUCAUGAUGGCCAAAAGCUCGUGGCUCUGAAAGGGUCACGAGCAACCGUGUACAGCCAUCCAAACAAGCACGGGCACUGGGAGUUCUCCUUGGCCUCGUCACUCUAUCCGCUCUGGACCUCGGUAUGCCGCGCCCUAACGAACGGAGGUAGUACAGGCUGCAUGUCACUCAACCAACACUACGCAAAACACCGCAUCGCCAUCUCCUCACAAGGCCACCUUCUCGCCGUCGGACUGGGCAAGACAAUUCAAAUCUACAGUCUUUCCGGCGAUGCGGACGGUAUCUCCUCUCCGGCCGAAUACACGAUCAACCAGAGCAACACCGUUUUCGCAAGUCCCCCAAAUGCAGGCUACGAAGACACCGACGGCGUCGUCGAGUCCUUAGAAUUCACCGACGACGACACACUCCUCCGUGUCGCAAUCGACAAUGAUACAACCACCUUCCAGCCGACUCGUGUACGCUACCUGGGCAAUCCGCAGGACGCCUCCACCUACCGGUGUUGCCGAAAUCUCCAAUACUGGCGCGACAACAUCCACCACAUCUACCUCGACUCCGCCUCUAUGGCCAUCACCCUCGGCGCCGGAGAAGAGAAGAUCAUCCUUCGAGGCCUGCGCCUCCUCCCGACCUCCAAACCGACCCCUCACCAACACCAAAAACCACAAGACCCAUCCUCAUCAUCCCAGUACUUCACCGCAUCCAUCGAAUCCCCAACCACAAAAUCCUACUGCAUCGGCCUCGUCACCACCUCCCCAACCUCCCCUCAAAAAGUAACCCUCACCCGCCUCCUCCCCUCCCGCCAACACCAC